UUAGUUUCUAAAUUUCAACAAGAAAACAUUGACGGCAAAUAUUUAUUCGAAGUUUUUAAUUCCAAGUUUUAUUCGUAAUUUAUUUAAUUUUCAUCUGAUCCAAUUUUCAAAAAUUUCUGUUUCAAUAGCGAAUAAUUUGCUAAAAUUCUCGGACAUCCAUUAUAAACUGUCCAUUGUUUUCAAUUUGUAAAGGUGGUGACUCUUUCUGGCAACGCGAAUCCAAAAUCGUCUGAAAAUCCAAAGGAAUAUUUAAAAUUUUGGUUAACAUUUAACUAUUAAAGACGACUAAGUGAUCUGAGAAUGUUGCCAGCUAUUCUCUUCCGUCAAGUGCACCGACCUCUAGGCGCAGGGGCCUUGCACCUGGGUAGAUCCACAGCCUUGGUCCAUGUAUUUGGAGUGGGGGGCAGCAGCUUUGUGAAUUGUCUGAAUCGUUAUGCGGCCGCCUCGGGAUUCAUACGCAUCUCGUUUUUGGAUAUCAACCAGAGACGAAACUGGGAUGUGGCUCGCCUGCGCCUGCAUACCGAUGACAAGAAACAUUCGCUGCAUAAGCGUACCAUCCAGGGUCGAGAUCUGUGGCAAGGCGUCAUUGAUAAGCAGAGGGCCGGAUUCAUUGAACGACGCAAUAUCCUGGUCGAUGAUAUACGCGAAGCACGUCAUUUGGUUCAAGAACGAAUCCGCAAAAAGGUUGGAGAGAUCACGGAAGAGCGAGAGAAUAUAAUGACGAUACCCAACAUGCUGACCAUAGGCCGAGCCAUACUCUCACCCUAUAUUGGCUAUGUAAUAGUACAGGGUGAUUUCAACAUGGCCAUGAGUCUGUUGGCUGUGGCAGGGAUCAGUGAUCUAUUGGAUGGCCAAAUAGCCCGACGAUGGCCCUCUCAGGCCACCAAGGCGGGUUCAUUUCUCGAUCCCAUGGCUGAUAAAUUCCUAAUAGCCAUUCUGGUCGUUUCCCUAAAUCAUGGCGCUUUGCUUCCCAUCUGGCUAACUGGGAUUGUUCUCUCUCGUGACAUCUUUUUGCUGGCUGCCGGCUCGGCCAUACGCUAUAUUAGUCUACCGCCUCCAAAAACCAUCUCACGCUACUUGGACGUCACCCAUGUGACUGCCCAAUUGGAGCCAACUAUGAUUAGUAAAGUGAAUACAGGAGUUCAGCUGGCCACCAUUGGCAUCAGCCUGGGUGCUCCUAUUUGGAACUAUCUGGAUCAUCCGGUGCUCCAUUGCCUUUGGUAUAUGACGGCAGCCACAACACUUGCCGCUGCUCUUAGCUAUAUCGUAAACCGACAAAAAACGUAUAAGAUUAUUCAAAAGAAACCCUAAGUAUGGAAACUAUUGACUGUUUUGCUCCCUGACCAUAUUAGUGUUAGUUAGUUUUGAAAAAGGAUAGGGACAUAUAUUUGUUUUUUUACGUAACCAUACUGUCAAUUAAAAAUUAUAUU